GCACAGGAGCUGCUGACCCUGCCCAGCCUGAUGGAGCUCCGAGGUCUGCUGCGGAGGCCCAAAGGGAUAGCUGGGCCCCUAGAGCUGAUGUCAGAAGCCCCGUGCAGUGACAAGGGGCCUAGCAGCCCAGGUGGCCUCUCCCUCAAUUGGUAUGACGCCAGCCAACUAAGCGACUUCCUGGAGCCUGAGCUGGUGCCUACCCUGCCUGAUAGCAGCCUCAGCCCUGCCUGCUCUGAGUUAAUGGGAGCACUGGAUGACCACCCACUAUCACACCAAACUGGAGGAGCCGGAGCAUUGACUAGAAGACAUCUUUCCUCGAUUCGGGAUGCCUCAGGUAAUAGGGUCAGAUAACGGACCGGCCUUCGUCUCCCAGGUAAGUCAGAAAGUGGCCAGGUUGUUGGGAAUUGAUUGGAAAUUACAUUGUGCUUACAGACCCCAGAGGUCAGGCCAGGUAGAAAGAAUGAAUAGGACAAUUAAAGAGGCUCUAACUAAAUUUUCGCUAGCAACUGGCACUAAAGACUGGGUGACUCUACUGCCCUUGGCAUUAUACCGGGCCAGGAACACUCCUGGGCCCAGUGGGUUAACUCCGUUUGAAAUCCUGUAUGGGACCCCUCCCCCUGCAGUUUCCUUCUUAGACCCGGAUAUCUCUAACUUUGUUGAUUCACCUUCCCUCUUUGCUCACCUGAAGGCACUCCAGCUGGCUCACCAGGAAAUCUGGAAGCCCCUAGCUGCAGCCUAUCAGGAUGCUAUUGACACUCCUAUUGCACCCCACCCCUUCCAGCCCGGGGACGCUGUCUGGGUCCGGAGGCAUCAGACUCGGAGCCUAGAACCACGCUGGAAAGGACCAUACACCGUCCUCCUCACCACACCUACAGCUCUUAAGGUCCACGCCUCCCACGUUAAGGCAGCCAAUCCAGCUCACCAAGAACUCUCAAGAGAA